GCCUCUUCGCCAAUCAGCCAAUCAGUUUGGGUGACGAAUUGACUCUUGAUUACACAGCCUCAAGCCUUAUCUCCGUUGGCCUGGUUGGCAGCAACAGUCUUUGCCUGUGCGGAGCAGACUCCUGCAUCGGCACUCUCCGCCUACCUCCAGCAUUUGUACCGAGUAGUCGCCUUCUAUUUUCUUCAGAUACCAACAUUCCAUCGUCCUUAUCGAAUCCUCUUGUGGAAAGUCCAGUCGCGACAGCAGAAUCCCCUCGCAUGUCAGGAAGUGGCGAGCCUGAGGCAAGGCUAACUAAUGAGGUGGCGAUCGGUGAUCGGCCUGCCCCUCUUGACCAACUAAUGCUUGAUCAGCUGGUAGCUGCUGCAGCCGUCCUUAUUCUUGGUCAGGGAAGUGGCUGGCCUGCUGGUGCUGGGUCUCUGAUGUCUGGCCGCCGCGGGCGGCAACAUUCUAUGUUUAGCCAGCUGACAGCAAGCAGGCGCCGUGAAGUGGCAUCAAUUGGCACUGUUGCUGAUGCAGAAGCAACGGGUGGGUCUUUUGAAGAUAACCAAUAA